AUUUACAGAGUGUACACCAUUAUUGGUUUCUUACUGUCUUGACCAUAUCAUUUGAAUUGUUUUCAUGAUGACUGUCUAUGUUUUAGCGUAAAUGAAUUGUCAUGUAAUUAGUCAAUAGUCAUAAAUUUUUAUCGAGCAAUGGAAGUAAAACUGCAGAAACAGAUUAUUGAUCAUUUCUCUUUUUUAGAAGAAUUUUACAACACGUCCAAAACGUGUUUGAAAAGUUGCCAAAACUACGCCGUAUCCAUUUAUAAAAUUGCUCGUAGUUGCCGAAAUAUAAAAGAAGCGCAACUGCAAAACACACCUUUAGAAAAUUUUGACGGUCUUCAAAACAGGCUUAUAGCAUCUCUACAUAGCAAAAUAAAUAAUCUAAUUCAAGAGAUACAAAGUGAAUUGUGACCCCUCAAGUAAGGCUUGGGGACACCCCUUGGGGUCGCGACCCACACAUUGAAAAACACUGAUAUAAACCAAAAUGAUUGCCAUGCAAAUUGAAAACAAACAAUAACUUUAUUUUAUAAUUUGGUUCCUCUGUUCUAUAAUAGAAGAGACAUUUGAAAAGCUUUGUUACAAGAAUAAGCUUAUCCAAGACAGUUGCAUAGACAUUGACUUCACUGAAGAAAGUGACUUAAUUAAGGGUUCUCCAUAUCAACCUCCCUUGAAACAGUUGUUAGAAUUUGCUAGUGAUUCUGUUACAUUUGGUAGCCAUAUCUGUGCUCAAAUAGAAACAGCAUUGAAUAUAUUAGCACUUGAGGAAUUAGAAACAAUUAGUUUUCCGGACCAUUUCAAAUUUCCUACAAUUUGGGAAACAAGAAUAUCUGAGAUUAUAGCAUAUACAUCAUUCAUUCAAGAAAAUACUAUAUAAAAUGGAUUUGCUGGGUUCAAUUCUCAAUUCAAUGCAAAAGCCUCCAAUGGCUAGUGAGGCACAGAAGGAUGCCAUGAGAAAACAAAAAGAAGCUUUCGAGCACAAAAAGAAAGAAGACAAGCUCAUGAUUAAUAAAUUCAGAGCGAAGGUUGAGGAGAAAAUAAGUUUAUUUAUUAAAGAUAAUGAUAAACCUUAUUUGCAAUUUGAUCCCAUGGAUCAGAUGUAUAGAUCAAUAAUUCGAGAUAUUGCUGAAACAGCCGGUGUGCAUGUGUUUUCAUUUGGACAAGAAGGAAUUGAUAGAUACUCUGUAAUAUACCUUAAAGAAAAGGGCCCAUCUGAAGAUGAAAUUGCUGUCCGUAAGUCUGGAGGUAUUUGGGAUGAAGAGAAAGCAAUUGAAAUGGCUAAGAAAAGGGAAAUGGACAAACAGUUAGCUUUAGAGGAUUCUGAAGAUAGAAAUAGAAAGCGUAAACACAAAGUUGAGUUAAGUGGUACCUUCUACAAACAAAAGUAUGCACAUCUCAUUGGUCAAGAAGCUGCUCUAGAUGCAGCACAUAAAACAAAUGUAAAUAAAUCCUAUGGUGAAGUUCCUAGUGAGAAUAAGAAAGAUCAGAGGUCAAUUGAGCAAACAAUGGCAGAUAUUCGUGCUAAAAAGCUGCGGAAGGCUGAGUCAGAUAAACAAUGCACAGAUGAAAACAUUUAGUCCAAAUUAAAAUGUGUUUUGGUCUAGAGCAUGCCAUCACUCAAGAUGACUUCAGUAAAACACUUGCAUUGGCCACUGCAAUGUACUUCUUUAUUAAGCACUAUAGUAAGUUAAGUAUUUAAAGUAUUCACAUAGUGGGUCAAGCCUCAAACUCAUAAGUAGAGGAAAUUAUAUGUUAACAUUAGAGUUUUCAGGUUACCUGUUCAAAAUAUUUGUGACCUUAUUAUCAGAUCUGGUAGUCUACAAAAUAUGGAAUAACUUAGCUUGCAUAACCUACAUCUACUACAUACUCUGUACACCGGAAAAUAUAAUGUAGGUAUUUUAGUGAGUGUUGUGUGAUAAGCUUAGAUUAAGUAUUAGUCUCUGCUGUGAAUAGGUACCGCAGGUGUAGUCGCAAACUAUGGCAACUAAUAUUACGUCAGUAACGGGCGUAAUCGAGCCAGUCUCAAACAAUUUGUGACAUUGUCAUGUUCUCUUAAACUUUGCUAAUAAUUGAAACUGGAAUGCAGUAAAACUUUGUAAAAAUAAUACUUCAAGAAAUAAGAAAGACACUGGGAUCAGUAAGUAUUUUAUUCGUUUCAAUGUAAAAUAACAUGAAGUGUAUGUAACAAAAUUUUAAAGAUGUGAUUGAGUGUCAAGCCAUGCACACAAGCAUCUAAUAGUUUCCGAGUUGCCAUAAUAAAAAAGCUAUUGUUCUCAGGUAGUAUGGUAUCUAGUUGGAGCGCAGCGGAGACCAAUCCUUAAUCUGAGGUGAUAAGUUAAUGAAGGAGUUACUUAUUACUUGGUUAUCACUUAGAUAUCAGAAUUACUUUGGUUACAAAGAUUGUUAUAUUAUGUAUUUGGUUUUCAGAAAAACUAGAUAUCUAUAAUUGUGAGUUUUACUAGUUUAGUCACAGUGGUGAUUUAGUAAAUGAUCAUCUCUUUUUAUCAUAAGUUCUGCAUUGGGCAAAGGUCUCUUUGCACUUUUUAAAUAUUAUUAUUAACUUUAUAAACUAUUUAAGUAGGUACCUAUACUUUGUAAAUAAAUUCAAGUUAUUAAAUUGAAUAAAAUAAGACUCAAAAAAAAUGAAACAACGAAUAUAAUAUUUUUGUUAUCAUUAAGUGUGGUUAGUUUGAUCACCAGUUAUAUAGGACCUUAAUGGACAGAGUGAUAUUAGGUAGAAGAUAAAUAGGGAACAUGAAAAAAGUAACUCUUAAAAUAUAUGAGUACUAUUAUGUAAUUAAUUUUUGGGUUCACUAUAUCCUAAUCCCACCGAAAUUUAUUAUACUUUAAUAUGGUGGGGAUUGCUGAUGAAUUAAUUAAUUUUUUUUUUUAGUUAAUCUUAGAAAGGCCAAUAUUUAAAUGCUUUUGUUAGGUAUAUGAGGUAUUUUUUAUAUAUUAAACCAAGUACUUGUUCAUUACCUAACAGUUUUGUUGUGAAGUUUGACAUUUUUAUGCUUACUAACCAUUAUCAAUAGAAAUUUAUGGUGAAUGUACUCGUAAACAAUUUGUUAUUCUUCAAGACAUCAAGAUGUAUGAACCUUACGUCACUCGCACUGUUGGCUCAGUGGAAGAGCGCUUGCAUGGAACGCGAGAUUUCGCGGGUUUGAGUCCUGCAUCGUUCAUAAAUUUUGUUUUCAAAUGAAUGUAUUGUGUAAGUGACCUCAGCAAGCAAAACAGAGUGAUAGCCUUUUAGUUUACUUUCUGUAUUUAUAUCCCUGUGUUUUUUUUUGUUUGGUUGUAACAACUGCGAUAUGUUGCGCAACAAUCAUUCUUCUUAGUAAAAUAUUAAAAUCCAUUCAUGCAGUGUUUUAAUUGAGCAAGACAUUAUACCUACUAAUAAUGUGAUUUGAAUAAUAUCGGGUAUUACAGGUAGGGUAGCAGGGUAAGUGACUCUGACAGCCCGAAUAAUGUCUGCCCAAGUUUGUUUUGUCAAUGUAUGCGUUAGCUAAAGGAGCUAAUGCCAAUAAGACUUGUCAAUAAAAUAGGUUACAUUAACAAUUGAUUCGCUUUCCUUUUCUAUCUUGCUGCAUUCCUGUUAGAGAUGUUGUUCUCUCUCGCACUUUUUUUUCUAAGCCCAUAGAUAAUACACUAUAUUCUAAACCUACCCUAAUAUAUUGUUAGUCUGUGGUAUAGUCACGCUAUAGACGUUUCUAGACGCGUACCUACUUCCAUAAAUGAUUGAAUAUUUUACUAUACCACCAUAUUUACGUAUUUUAUAGCCAAUAGAGAAGAAUCUAUACAGCUUGUACUUGUUGAUCACAAGUACAGUUAGCAAAACAAGGAAUCUAUAUUUCGUCUGCGAUCCCGCCUUUCGUUGACGUAAAGAAUUUUGUGACUAGACCUAGACAAAGAUUAAUUUAGUACCUAGGUACUUUCGUUGCACGUAGUACUUAUUACUGCGGUUGUGAAAAUUAGCUUGGAAGAGAAGAUAUUUUUUUCUAUUGACAUCUACAAAGACAUACAUAAAAAAGGAUAUCUUCGCAUUUGUUUUGUCAACCGUAAAUCUAUACAGUUUUUAUCUUCAUUUAGUGUAUUCAUUAGUUAUAACCCCCACGCGUGGUUGUAUCUAGGAACGGAACAGCAGUUUUUAGUUUGCAAAUGGAAAUGUCAAUGAAAUAGUCCUUUCCUAUUAACUAUUUGCGAUUUAGGACAUUUUGUUUAAUUAUGUUAUGGUUAUUAUUAAAUAAAUUUGUUUUAUGUUUGUAAAAUAAAUAGUAUGUACUGA